AUGGCCGAAGAAACAGAGUCGCCAAAAACACAAAAAGAAGCCGGCGAGCAGCAUGAAAGUCCGAUAAACGAGGAUGUACUAGACGAACAAGCUGUUGCUGCGCUUCUGAAAGAAAUCCAAGAUUCCCAGCCGUCAAGAAUGGACCUUGCUCAAGGUGUACCGAUAGAGCGAGUCAAGUUCGACCUAGAGCCUAUGGACAUGCUACUUGAAUCAUGCCUUGGCCUAAUGCUUCCUCAGAUAGGAAUACCACAUAUCACGCGAUCGGCUCUAAACCAGCUAACCCUUCUUGCUAUCAGACACAUUGACCAAGUAUUCUCGCAACUUCACAGAAUUACAGAGGUGCAGCGCAGACGACAGCCGGGGAAGGCCGAUUUGAGAACGCUUGAAAAGUUGGGUGUGAUUGAUUUCAAUUCCAUCUACGAGGCUUUUUUGUUGACGAAGAAGCUGGACUCUCAGAAGUUAGAGAAUAUUGAUCGCAGAGCACGCAGGUUGUGCGAGAUUCUAGAUAAACCCGCGGAGGAUGAGAUUGUGACCGAACAGGAUCCGGCAUUUGUGUUUUUCAACGACACUUCCUCUGUGAUUUCGCAAGUGGUUCCGCCUAGCGUGGGUCCAAAAGAGUACAUCCCAAGCUGGAUGCCACCGCUUCCACCAGACCACACCUAUCGCGCCACUCCAAAGUACACUGCUGUGAUUGAGGAUCCAAUCAAGAUGCGUGAACAGCUGGUUCAGGAGGCCAGACUUGGAGAAAAGGCCUUGCAUCACAUCUUGGACCUCAAGGACAACGUCGUCCCUGUUGAAAAGGGCGAGAGUGAACCUGAGUUGGACACAGAUGUGAGCUCUGAAAGUGAGCAGAAGGAGGCGCAAGAAGACGAAGAACCGGAGUCGCGUGAAGGCAAAUUUGACAUUGUUGCGCUGGCAACGAAACGUCUUGCUGCUCUUGAGAGACGGAGGCAGGAGAAAGAGAAAAAGUACAAGGAGCGUGUUGAGUCGCAAGAAGCCGUUUUGGGCCGCGUUCUUGGGUUCUACACAAAGUCGAGCGGGUACCCUGAAGAUUUCAAUAAUCAUAUUAGAACCAUUUACGACCAGACGUACGAUCAAGUGGUCAGUGGACUCAGAACCCAGCAAAAAAGGCGGAUAAAGCAGGUUCAACAGGAGAAAGAGAGACGCGAGCGCAUGCAAGAAGAAAUCCGCAUUCCAGACUUUAGCGGAGAGGCUCACGAAGAGGCCGAUUUUGAUAUUGAUGACUUUGAGCUUGACGAGAUCAUGGAAGACGUCGAAAAGGAGCAGGGCGAGUCCAAGGGAGACGUCAUGGCCGAGCAAUCUGCUACACCUGUCGAGUCCACGAGGUCAGAACCGGCCAUUGAAAAUUCUCCGUCGGUGGUACCAGAGCCUGCUGUGGAUGCAAUUUCAGACGAAGACGUUGAUAUGGACCUGUUCGAAUAA